AAAUAGGAAAGGGCAAAAUCAAAAACAAAGGUGACUUUGACUACCAUAUCAGGGAGCAAGUGUGUGGAAAUGCGACGAUAUUUACAAAAACGAAACCAUUUUCAAAGAGAUUUUAGAGAUAGACAACACACUGCACAUCUAAAGAGAUCCGAUAGUGAGCUAUGGUUGAGUUUAUAUUCUCCAUAUUUGCAUGUCUGGCCAUUUCAGGAUCUCUGUCAAAAGCUAGAAACAAGUUCUUCAAUGGGCCUAACUAGUGAAGUUGCCGCUAGACGUUUGGCCAGAUAUGGUAAAAAUAAAUUUCAAUUUCCCGAUUCCGAAUCAAAAUUGCUUAAAUAUAUAAAAAAUUGUUUCCAUGGCUUUUCCAUUAUUAUACUAUUGAGUUCGAUCUUAUGCUUUAUGACAUAUUAUUUGGAGACAUUAUACUAUCACGAUGAGAAGGCUGAACAAGAAUAUUUAGUUGCUGGCAUGUUGUUAUUAGUAUGUCUAUUCAUGUCGGGCACCUAUCGUUAUCUUCAGGCGAAUAAUGAUUUCGAUGUUGUUGCUGCCUUUAAGGACUUAAUGCCCAUGUACUGUACGGUGAUAAGAGAUGGCCGUAAAAGGAUUAUAUUAACAGAGGAUGUGGUUAUUGGUGAUGUGCUGGUCAUUUCGUUUGGUCAACGCCUUUCGGCGGAUGUUCGUUUCUUUAGUGCCCAUGGCUUGGAGGUGAAUAAUGUGGCCCUGAUGGGACUGUCGAAACCUGAAAUUAUUGAUCCAGUUGCCUCACCAAAUUAUAUCAAUUGGUCGUGAGUUGAACUGAAUAAAAAGCAAUGAAAACACAUAAAUCAAAAAUACGCAAACCUCAGGCC